CACUUCGGACGGCGCCCACGGAGGCCGCGAUGCUGCUGGAGCGGGUCCGCGCCGGUUCGGAGAAGGCAGCGGAGCUCUGCCCCUUCCCGCGGAGCCCAGAGAUCCCGCUGUGCGCCGGCUGCAACCAGCACAUCGUGGACAGGUUCAUCCUCAAAGUCCUGGACCGGCACUGGCACAGCAAGUGCCUGAAAUGCUCCGACUGCCAGACGCAGCUGGCCGAGAAGUGCUUCAGCCGCGGGGAAGGCGUCUACUGCAAGGAAGACUUCUUCAAGCGCUUCGGGACGAAGUGUGCCGCCUGCCAGCAGGGCAUCCCCCCGACCCAGGUGGUGCGCCGGGCCCAGGACUUCGUUUACCACCUGCACUGCUUCGCCUGCAUCGUCUGCAAGCGGCAGCUGGCCACCGGCGACGAGUUCUACCUCAUGGAGGACAGCAGGCUGGUCUGCAAGGCGGACUACGAGACGGCCAAGCAGAGAGAGGCUGAGUCUACGGCCAAGAGGCCCCGCACCACCAUCACGGCCAAGCAGCUGGAGACCCUCAAAAACGCUUAUAACAACUCGCCCAAACCGGCGCGGCACGUCCGGGAGCAGCUCUCGUCGGAGACGGGGCUGGACAUGCGGGUGGUGCAGGUCUGGUUCCAGAACCGCAGGGCCAAGGAGAAAAGGCUGAAGAAGGACGCGGGGAGGCAGCGGUGGGGACAGUACUUCAGGAACAUGAAGCGAUCCCGGGGGACAUCCAAGUCCGACAAGGACAGCAUCCAGGAGGAGGGGCCCGACAGCGACGCCGAGGUUUCCUUCACAGAUGAGCCCUCCAUGUCCGAAAUGAGCCAUUCCAAUGGGAUUUACAGCAAUCUCAACGAGGCGUCCCCGGCGCUGGGGAGGCAGGCUGGGCCCAACGGGAGCUUUGGGCUGGAUCCCAGCGGGAUCGCGGCUCAGGACCAGUACCACGACCUGCGCUCCACCAGCCCCUACGGCAUCCCGCAGUCGCCAGCGGCCCUGCAAGCGCUGCCAGGCCACCAGCCCUUGAUCUCCAGCUUGGUUUACCCAGACAACGGCUUGGCCAUGGUGGGACAGAGCGGACAAGGGGUGCCCCAGACCAUGAGGGUCCUGGCCGGGAAUGGACCGAGCUCCGACCUCUCCACCGGCAGCAGCGGGGGGUACCCGGAUUUCCCGGCCAGCCCGGCCUCCUGGCUGGAUGAGGUCGACCACGCUCAGUUUUGAUACAGG